AUGGGAAUCAACAUUUACGACCACAGUCACACUCCAAAACAAUUACACUCACACUCUCUCAGAAUUCAUGAUGGAUAUUCACACAACAUUGCUGAACUCGCAUCCAUCCUUACUUCUAUUCAUCUUCUACCGAACCGCUCCAAAACAACAAUCCAUACAGACAGUCAAGUUGCAAUCCAAGCUCUCAAAAAGAACUAUCGAGGACGAUUCCUCUUCUAUCGAGAAUUUCAGAAAAUUAUUAGAGCUAGAAGUCUUCAAAUUUCUCUAAAGAAAGUAAAGGGACAUAAGGACCCUGAGAAUAUUAAGGUCGACGCUCUAGCCAGACAAAGUCUCUCACAACCCACAAUUUUCGACAUCAGACAACUCUUUGGUAAACAACGACUUCUUACCAAAACAGAUAUCAUCAUUUUCAAUCAAAGAGAAAUGACACGGACCUUUCACCACAAGGAAAUGACAACAAAAUUAGAUGACAAUCCCAACCUCAUUGAUCAUGUUCAUCGAAAAUCCCUCAAUAUUAGAUUCUUGAAAGCGAAAAUCUCACCAAAUUACAAGUAUGCAGUCUGGAGAAAUAUUACCGACUCUCAUAUUAGACACUUCACAGGCUCCUAUUGCCCAGACUGUGAAGUCGAGUCCAAUCUCCACCACUACAUACAUGAAUGUCAGAAGCUUGACCCUGCGAGAUACUUCUGUGAAAUGAAGAUCUCUUCUUUGAUUUCCCAACCAUGUACAAUCACAGAUUCGAAUUCGUGGUUUAAUCCACAUCGUCCAUUUUCUACGUCCAUCACUCCGGUUUCCUACCUCCAGAUAGUGAUGCGAUAA